UCUGAUCCAAUGCUGAAUAAAAAGGCCAGAGCAGAACUUCUCCGACCAGCUGUGAUCAGAAAGGAGCGCAGCACGCGUCACGUACUCAGGGACCCAGCAGCACCGACACAACCAGAACCAUGUUCGCCGCCUGCCUGGAGGUCCUGGGGAUGAUCCUGUGCGUCGCCGGCUGGCUACUGGUGAUGAUCGCCUGCGGGCUGCCCACCUGGAAGGUGAACGCCUUCAUCGAGGGCAACAUCGUGGUGGCGCAGACCAUCUGGGAGGGGCUGUGGAUGUCCUGCGUGGUGCAGAGCACCGGACACAUGCAGUGCAAGAUCCACGACUCGGUGCUGGCGCUGGCGCAGGACCUGCAGACGGCCCGCGCCCUGACGGUCAUCUCGGCCCUGCUGGGGGUCGUGGGGCUGACGGUGACGGUGGCCGGGGCGCAGUGCACCAACUGCCUCAAGGACGAGACGGUGAAGAGGAGGGUGGUGUACGCCGGCGGGGUCAUCUACAUCCUCUGCGGGCUCUUCGUGCUGGUUCCCCUCUGCUGGAUGGCCAACAACAUCAUCACGGACUUCCACAACCCGAAGGUCCCCCCCGCUCAGAAGAGGGAGAUCGGGGCGUCCAUCUACAUCGGCUGGGCCGCCGCCGCCCUGCUGUUGUCCGGCGGCACGCUGCUCUGCUGCUCCUUCUCCCAGGGACCCAGAAGCCCCUUCCCCAUCAAACUGGCCCCCACCAAAACCAUCACGGUCAGCGGCGAGUUUGACAAGAAGCACUACGUGUAAAAAUCCACUGGAGGACAGUUUUGUUUAGGGGACUUUUAGUUGGGCAGAAGCCCGUCCAGUUUCGGGCGGUUCGCCCACCCGGAGCUCAGAGGUUCGCAGGAGAAAAGCCUGUAAAAAUAUGAAUGUUGUUGAAAUGAAGGUAAUUGACUGAGGCGGUUCGUAGCGCGUCGGCACCGCCAGGAGCCUGAACUCUGAGGACAAUCAGAACCAGGUCAUUAUAAUGUGGUGAGGUUCCGAUCCAGUCACUGACUGUAAAACCGAGCAGGUGCUGUUUUUUGUCAUUUUUGUACAGAUUUCUUUUUCUUAUAAACAAUAAAACAAAAUGUACUGUAUUUUAUUAUAAUUUUUUUUUACAUAAAGAGUCUCAUGUGAUAUUAGAAGUAUUUUUGUUUUUCUUUAGAAAAAGAAAUUAAGUAAGAAAUAUGAAUUAUACCAAUACUCAUGGAAGGCUAACGGGACAGAUGCGGGGCUCUAACAUGGUGACAAGAAACGAAGAUCUGAUCUUGAAUUUCAGUGCAUUUAUUUAGUGGAGAGUUAAAUUCACCAGGGAUUAUCUUACACAUAGAAAUGCACGUGAAGCCUUUGUGGAAAAAAAAAAACUUUUUAAGAUAAUCAGAGUGUCUAUGAACUUUGAAUUAGUUGCAUUAAUAUACAACUAGAAUCUGGGAUGGGCACAUUUCUGUUAGAACCUCUUGAGGAUGGAAAGGAAACAUGGCAGUCAGGCAGAUGUGCGUUGAUUUAAAGGCAAUGGCUUCAACAGGAAAAGGAAGUAAUAACUGAGAGCCAUCUCCACUGUCACAGUCUUUAUUAAAACGUUUAAAUGUAGAAAAU